AUGGCUGUUUCUAAAGGGGCGCGCCUGCUGCAGCAGCAGCAGCGAGGGAAGCAGCUGCAGCGAACAGCUGGAGGGCCCAAGACCCGAAGCAGGCUGCCUGCUUUUGCUGCAGCAGCAGCAGCAAAGGCAGCAGCAGCAGCACAGCAGCGCCACCGCAAGCAGACAUCGGUUGCAAGCAAGGCUAUAGCGAAGCAGCAGCAGCAGCAGCUGCAGCAGCAGCAGCUGCAGCAGCUACAGCAGCAGCAGCUGCUGCAGCAGCGGUCGACGCAGCAGCCGCGGUUGCUGCAGCGGCUGCUGCAGCAGCAGUUGUUGCGGCUGCCGGGUCUGCUGCAGUUAGACCUAAGCUUUGGUCAGUUUCGUGUGUGCCGCGGCGCAGAAGAGGCGAAGGCUCCCAACGGCAGCAGCAGCAGCAGCAGCAGCAGCAAAACCCAGGGCCCCCUCUACCUCAGCAAAUAG